GAGCUCUACUCCAUGUAGCAUCGUGGACCACGCUUCUAACCAGCGUUACCAUGUUGACUGCGUCACGCGAAGCAUCAUACGUCUGUGCGAGAUGCCUUGCGCGCCAGAGUAAGCAUGCGCGCCGUCAGUAUGCCACAAGCGCAUCGCUCCCACCAGCUCCACCACCGUCCGGCGCAGCUAAACUUACUACCCGCCGCCUCAUAUCCCUCCACGGCGCCGAAACACCCAAGUUCCUUCAAGGCAUAAUCACGAACAAUGUGCGGCCAGAAUCGACGUCGGGCUUCUAUGCGGCUUUCCUGACAGCGCAAGGCAAAGUGCUGCAUGACACUUUUGUCUACCCUACCGUUGGGAGCGAAUGGCACAAGCAGCAGGGUGGAGCAGAAGAUGAUGCUGGGUAUUUGCUGGAGGUGGAUGCAGAUCAGGCAGAUAUCUUGAUGAAGCAUUUGAAGAGGCACAAGCUGCGAAGCAAGUUCAAGCUCAGAUUGCUGGACGAAGGCGAGCUGGACGUGUGGAGUUUGUGGAAAGAGGAGGACAGAUGGACGGCGCAUGGUACGGCUUCGGCGCAACAGACGGCUGGCAUCGUUGGAAUGUCAGAUCCACGAGCGCCGGGCAUGGGACAGAGACUGAUUCUGCCCGAAAAGAAGAAGGACGAGGCGCUGCAAGAUUUGGAGGAGACGACUCUGGAUGCGUACACGAUUCGAAGAUAUCUGAGAGGCGUGCCUGAAGGACAGAUGGAAAUGCCCAGAGACGAAGUCCUUCCUAUGAAUUGUAAUAUUGACAUAAUGAACGGCAUCGACUUCAAGAAGGGCUGCUACGUUGGCCAGGAAUUGACGAUUCGGACACAUCAUACUGGAGUUGUGAGAAGGAGGAUACUGCCGAUCACAUUGUAUGAAACCGGCGCUGGAGUUUCGGAGAAGCCUGAUUACAACCCGGCUGCGACGAUCAACGCGAGCGAUUUCAUCGGCGCGGACAUCAAGAAGGAUGACAAGCGGAAACGAAGCACUGGAAAGAUUAUCGCUGGGAUAGGCAAUGUUGGCCUCGGCAUGUGCAGACUGGAACAGAUGACAGAUCUCAAAAUCACAGCUGAGCCUAGUCCGUUCUCGCCAGAGGAAAAGUUUGUGGCGCAAGCAGGAGACGGGGCCGAAGUGAGUGUCAAGGCAUUCGUGCCGGACUGGGUGCGAGGGAGCAUACGAGAGCCAAAGCAACAGAAGCGUGUGGAAUAAAAGCGAUUCUUCGCGACUCUGCACUGAUGAAUGAGGAAAUGUGAAACGCGUGGUAGGAUCAUAUGCGGCUUCCACAGAGUACUCUGGUUAUACGAGCUUUGCAUUUGAAGAAAGUCUUCUCAUUGGAAGCCUAGAAUACAUGUAGCAUUAUAAUGUCACGAACUUACAC